AUGCCUGAGCCAGCGAAGUCCGCACCUAAGAAGGGAUCCAAGAAGGCCGUUACUAAAACCGCUGUAAAGGGCGGUAAGAAGCGCAAGAGGUCCAGGAAGGAGAGCUAUGCUAUCUACGUCUACAAGGUCCUGAAGCAGGUUCAUCCUGACACCGGGAUUUCCUCUAAGGCCAUGGGCAUCAUGAACUCUUUCGUCAAUGAUAUUUUCGAGCGUAUCGCCGGUGAGUCCUCUCGUCUCGCUCACUACAACAAGCGCUCCACCAUCACAUCGAGAGAGAUCCAGACCGCCGUGCGUCUGCUGCUGCCCGGUGAACUCGCAAAACACGCCGUGUCUGAGGGGACAAAGGCCGUCACCAAGUACACCAGCUCCAAAUAAAGCUUCCAGCUUUUCAACACCCAAAGGCUCUUUUAAGAGCCACCCACUUUAUCAGAUAAAUGAGCAUCCAGUUUAAAUGAGUAUUUAAAAAUUAAGCUGGUUCUUUAAAUAUAAUUUUAUAAAUCAAGGUUCAAGUUGGGCUUCCGUUAUGUGCUUCAGAAAUGUAAAAGUGUCUUUUAUGAUAUUAAAUUCUGUCAGACAUACAGAUUGAUGUUGGAGGAUUUUUUUUUUCUUGUCAGUCCGAUUAUAUUGUAAAAUGACAUUGCCAAUGGGUAUUAAAUGUAUUAUUUAAUAUUUUAUUAUAAUAUAUGUAAUGGACUGACUAAAAUAAAUUGGCAGAUUAAUGAUAUUGGGUGAUUGCGAUCACAUGCUAUUUCAUGUGAAGCUGCUUUGGUAUGAACAAUUAUAAAGUGCUAAAUAAAUAGAGUUGAAUUGAAUUAAA